AUGGUUUUCAAUCAAGAGCCAAUUCACUGUAUUGGAGCUGUUGAUGGAAAACAUAUAAGAGUAAAAACGCCUUCAAAUAGUGGAUCAAUGUAUUUCAACUAUAAAGACUAUUUUUCAAUUAUAUUAUUAGCCAUUGUAGAUUCGGAAUACCGGUUUAUAUAUGCGAGUGUCAGGUCAUAUGGAAAAGACUGUGAUUCUUCAAUUUUUAAGGGAACGACUUUUUGGAAAAAGUUGACAGAAAAUGCAUUGAACUUACCUAUACCAAGACAUUUAAGUGAACAUUCAAACACAAAUGUUCCUUUCUUGAUUAUUGGAGGCGAAGGUUUUGCAUUAAAUGACAAUUUAUUAAGGCCUUAUGGAGGGACACAUUUAGAUAAGGUUAAACGUGUAUUUAAUUAUCGAUUAACUAGAGCUAGGAGAUAUGUAGAAUGCGCUUUUGGUAUCCUGUCAAACAAAUGGCGAAUAUUUCAUAGGCCUUUGGACGUAAACGUAGAAACAGCUAUCUGGGUAGUAAAAGCAUGCACAGUGUUACAUAAUUUUGUCGGACAAAAAGAUGGAUUUGAUUUUCAAAGUACCCAAUUAGAACCAGAAAUCAACUGUUUUCCUAAUAUAUUAAACGCACAAUCAAUCAGAGGAGACAGUUCUGCAAAUUCAAUCAGAGCAACAUUUGCUGACUAUUUUGUGUCUGAAGUUGGAUCAGUUCCUUGGCAAGACGAAUCCAUACGUUAUUAA